AUGAGCGGUCUCGAAGUCGCUGGAGUUGUUCUUGGUGCUCUUCCCCUUAUUAUCUCUGGCCUCGAACACUGGCGCAAAGUUGCCGAGAUUGGAGGCUUCUUUUGGCGGAUCCGGAAGGAAUAUACGAAAUGCAAGAACGACGUCAAAUACCACGAUAUCAUGUACAGACGGAACUUGAAGGCGCUUCUCCUUCCGCUUAUUAAUGAGCCGAAGGAGGUGGAGUAUCUGAUUCGGACGCCAGGAGGAAAAGGCUGGACUGACAAGGUCAUGCAAGAACGUCUUGAGGAGCGACUCAAGGAUUCAUACGAUUUGUACCUGGACAUCAUCCACGACUUGAACGAAACAGCGCAGGCUUUAAGAAAAGAAUUGUCUUUCAAUGAUACCUCCAUCCAGGACAAACUCACCAUACCUCCAACGAAAAGCCAACAACGCCCGCCAAGUCCGUUGCCAUCGGGCACACAGACUAAGUCGCUCGUAAGAGCAAAGUGGGAUUACGAAAAGUUUCGCAUGAGAUUCAGUCUCAAUGAGUCUGUUCGCACUGGGCUGGUGCAACAGCUGGAGAAAUGCAACGAACGCUUGCGCCAGCUUCUUACUACAAGCGACGAAAUCUCUGCCCUUGCAGAGUCUGGCCCGGUGAAUAAGCAAAAAAACCUGGCAUUGGAAGACGCUUUGAAAAAGUCUCGCAGGAGAUGCAAACUGUUGUUCAUGGCCAUCCAAGGGGCAUGGCAAUGUUUAUGCCAACCCUGUCAUUACGCACAUCUCCGGCUUGAACACCGUACGCGACCUGACACCUCUUUCGAGCUUAUUCUGACAUAUGCCAUGGAUCCAUCAGUAAGACCAACUUCGUGGUCAUGGCGAGAGCUGCAAUGUGGACCAGCAUUGGAGUGUUGUGGUCGACGAAUUGCCAAUAUGGCUAAGAAUGAAGUGCCGGUCGUUACGCUGACAGAUCCGCCGCCUUCAGCAAUAGCGAAGAAGUCAAAAACUGUUACCUUCGCGCCACUGAAUUCAAAUUCACCAAUCAGAGAAGGCCUGAACAUGAAGCGAAACAUUGAGCUAUGCCAAACGUUAGGAAGCACGAACUGCUCGAAAUGCUUAGGCAUUCUAAGUAAAGAUGACGAAGAAUACCAUGUGCAUUCGAGCAGGAAGCGCAAAAGGCCUAGCAUGGGGAUAUCACCGUCACUCGACAGCGUCAUCGCUGACAGAUCUUUGAGCCGGCGUGAGCGUUACUCUGUUGCAUUGCUACUCGCUUCUUCAGUCGCUCAGCUUCAGGAGACCCCAUGGCUCGACACCAGACUGAAAAAAGAGGAUAUUCUUUUCCAUCCUUACGAAGACGAUGGAUCCAAUUCCCCAAUCCACGAGCUGUUCAUACGUCAAGGCUUUUCACAGCCUGACCCAAAUUCAAGAACCAACAAGGACGACUGCAACUUCUAUUCACUUGGUAUCCUGCUUUUGGAGCUUUGUUUCGCGCAGCGCUUGGAGGACCAUCCCUAUCGAAAAGCCUAUCCUGCUGCGACUGGAGAAACAAAGGAAGCUUUCGAUCUUGUGGCCGCACUCAGAUGGUCACAUGACGUACGCGACGAAGGCGGACAUGAAUACGCUUCUGCUGUGAGCUGGUGUUUCACUACGGCAAGAGAUCCAACUCAGGUAUGGCAGAGCGCAAUCAUCAAGAAUGUGAUCAGGCCCUUGGAACUAUGUCAAGAACACUUCAAGACAGCAACUGUUGAUGGAUAG